AUGAAGAACGCUGCGGGCCUGCCGAUCGCGCGUGCUGCGCUGGUGCGCGCGCCGCGUGUGCGUGCACUGCAUGCCUCGGCGAGGCGCUUCGAUGUGCCUCGCUCGCCGUUCCAGGUGUUUGUCGAGACGCUGCGGGCGGAGCUGGUCAAGUCGCGCGAAUUCCAGGACAACCUGAAGCAGCUGCAGGGCCAGUCGGAGAAGUUCCAGGACUCGGAGACGAUGCGCAAGGCGCGCGAGGCGUACGAGCGCGCACGCAUCAUCUCGUCGAUCAAGCACAAUCCCCGCCUGCAGGCCGCGGCCGAGCAGCUGCGCAAGAGCGGCGGCCAGGUCAGCUCGGCCAUCGGCGCGACGCUCCGCCAGAUGGAGGACAGCGAGCUGAUGCGCUCCCUCAGCGCCAUGUCCAGCCGCCUGCGCCGCCAGAUUGAAGACUCGACGGCGCCCGUGCGUAACACGGAGGUGUACAAGGCGUUUGCGGAAACGAUCAACGAGGCGCUCGACGAUGGGUCGUCGGCCAUCGACAUCCGCCUGGCGCAUGGCACGAGUGCGCAGGACGCGCGCCGCAUCAAGCGCGAAAUGCGGCUGCGCAAGAUCGGCCGCAGCCCCCCGGUCGGCGACGUCGAUGCGGCGCCGGUGGACCCGAUCGUGGCGGCGGCGGCCGCCGCCGGCGAGGCGGCCGGCCGCGAGGCCGCUGGCACGGAGGCGGCGGGCGNGGCGGGCGAGGCGCCCCCGCAGGCGGCGCCGGCCGCGGGGCGCAAGCGCCUCGGUGGCUACGCGGUGCAGAGCCGCCGCGUGCUGGAGGACACCGAGGCGGGCGGCGACCUGGUCGUGGCGCCCGAGUCGGCGCAGGCGAGCCGCUGGGACCGGUUCAAGCAGGAGAGCCCGAUCAUGCGCCGCCUCGCGGACCUGCACGAGCAGUACCAGGACUCGGAGCACCCCUUUAUCGAGCGCCUGCGUGGCGUGACGAACCGCGUCGCGUCGUGGUUCGAGGAGAACGAGACGGCGCAGGUCGUGCGCGCGUUCAAGGAGAUCGACCCCAAGUUCACGCUCGCCGGCUUCACGAUUGAGCUGCGCGAGUACGUGAUCCCCGAGGUGCUCGACGCGUACCACGGCGCCGCGCGCCACCUGCUGCGCCAGUGGUGCGGUGAGGCGACGUACAACGUGCUCAUGGCGACGCUCGAUCCGUACCUGCAGCGCGGCUACAUCGCCGACGGGCGCAUCCUCGACCUGUCCAGCAUCGAGAUCGUGCAGGGCAAGAUCCUCGAGACGGGGCCGAUGCCGGUGCUGGUGAUCAGUUUCCAGACGCAGGAGCUCAUGUACUUCAAGGACCCCAAGACGGGCGAGAUCGUCGAGGGCAGCAUCGAGCAGGCGAACCUGUGCCGCUACGCCAUGGUGCUCACGCGGCUGCCCGAGGAGGUCGAAAACGAAGUCACCGGCGGCUGGAAGAUCAUUGAGCUGGCCCGCCGCGGACAGGCCGCAUUUAUGUAG